CUCGGGAGGGGGCGGGGCCAAGAUGGCGCCCAGCGCCGGGUGAGCGGCGCUCUGGCAGCGGUGAGAGAAUUUUUUACCGUCCGGGGUGUUUGGCUGGCGGGGGCGGAUCUGAGGGAGGACCCGAGAGGGGACCCUCGGAAGGGUUCGUGUGAGGACUGGGGGGAGGACGAUAGGAUCUCCAUCUCUCCACUCUUGUAUGGCAGUAUCCUUCCAGGGAGGGGAGGAGGUGCUCCAGCAUGGCUGAGGAAAAGAAGCUGAAGCUCAGCAAUACUGUGCUACCUUCGGAAUCAAUGAAGGUCGUGGCUGAAUCCAUGGGCAUUGCUCAGAUUCAGGAAGAGACCUGCCAGCUGCUGACAGAUGAAGUCAGCUACCGCAUCAAGGAGAUUGCCCAGGAUGCUUUGAAGUUCAUGCACAUGGGGAAGCGGCAGAAGCUCACCACCAGUGACAUUGACUAUGCACUGAAACUGAAGAAUGUAGAGCCGCUGUACGGCUUCCAUGCUCAGGAGUUCAUCCCUUUCCGUUUUGCCUCUGGUGGCGGCCGGGAGCUCUAUUUCUAUGAAGAGAAGGAGGUGGAUCUGAGCGACAUCAUCAAUACCCCUCUGCCUCGUGUGCCUCUGGAUGUCUGCCUCAAAGCUCAUUGGCUGAGCAUCGAAGGCUGCCAGCCAGCUAUACCAGAGAACCCACCCCCAGCUCCCAAAGAGCAGCAGAAGGCUGAGGCCACAGAACCCCUCAAGUCAGCAAAGCCAGGCCAAGAGGAAGAUGGACCCCUGAAAGGCAAAGGUCAAGGGGCCACCCCAGCAGAUGGCAAAGGGAAGGAGAAGAAGGCACCACCCUUGCUUGAGGGGGCUCCUUUGCGCCUGAAGCCCCGUAGCACUCAUGAGCUGUCCGUGGAACAGCAGCUGUAUUAUAAGGAGAUCACAGAAGCUUGCGUGGGCUCAUGUGAGGCCAAGAGAGCGGAAGCUCUGCAGAGCAUUGCCACAGACCCAGGGCUCUAUCAAAUGCUGCCACGAUUCAGCACCUUUAUCUCAGAGGGGGUCCGUGUGAAUGUGGUGCAGAAUAACCUGGCUUUACUCAUCUACCUGAUGCGCAUGGUUAAAGCACUGAUGGACAACCCUACACUCUAUCUAGAAAAAUAUGUGCAUGAGCUGAUCCCAGCCGUGAUGACCUGCAUCGUGAGCCGACAGCUGUGCCUGCGACCUGAUGUGGACAAUCACUGGGCUCUCCGGGACUUUGCUGCCCGCCUGGUGGCCCAGAUCUGCAAGCAUUUCAGCACAACCACUAACAACAUCCAGUCCCGCAUCACCAAGACCUUCACCAAGAGCUGGGUAGAUGAGAAGACUCCGUGGACAACACGCUAUGGUUCUAUUGCAGGCCUCGCAGAGCUAGGACAUGACGUGAUUAAGACUCUGAUCCUGCCACGGCUGCAGCAGGAAGGGGAGCGAAUCCGCAGUGUCUUGGAUGGCCCUGUGCUUAGCAACAUUGACCGAAUUGGAGCUGACCAUGUGCAGAGCCUCCUCUUGAAACACUGUGCCCCGGUUCUGGCUAAGCUGCGCCCACCACCUGACAAUCAGGAUGCCUACCGGGCAGAAUUUGGUUCCCUUGGGCCCCUCCUCUGUUCCCAUGUGGUCAAGGCCCGGGCCCAGGCUGCUCUGCAGGCACAGCAGGUCAACAGGACCACGCUGACCAUCACUCAGCCUCGGUCCACACUGACCCUCUCACAAGCCCCUCAGCCUGGCCCUCGGACCCCCGGCUUGCUGAAGGUCCCUGGCUCUAUAGCACUGCCUGUCCAGACACUGGUGUCUGCACGGGCCGCUGCCCCACCUCAGCCAUCCCCUCCGCCAACCAAGUUUAUUGUAAUGUCAUCCUCCAGUGCCUCCUCCACCCAGCAGGUCCUCUCCCUCAGCACCUCAGCCCCUGGUUCAGGCUCCACCACUACCUCUCCUGUUACCACCACGGUGCCCAGCGUGCAGCCCAUCGUCAAGCUCGUCUCCACUGCCACCUCUGCGCCCCCCAGCACGGCCCCCUCUGGUCCUGGCAGUGUCCAGAAGUACAUCGUGGUCUCACUUCCUCCGACGGGGGAGGGCAAAGGAGGCCCCCCUUCCCACCCUUCUCCAGUCCCUCCUCCAUCCUCCUCCCCCUCCCCACUUGGGGGCAGUGCUCUCUGUGGCGGAAAGCAGGAAGCUGGGGACAGCCCCCCUCCAGCUCCAGGGACUCCGAAGGCCAAUGGCUCCCAGCCCCCUGGAUCUGGCUCCCCUCAGUCUGUUCCGUGACUGCACCACUGGUCUGCUGACCUCAUGCACGGAUUCCUGCACAUGCGCGCCAAGUGGGAGGGAGUAGGCCUCUUCCCUCACUUGACUUUCUUUUUAGAUACUGUACAGUCGUCAGCUCCUCAGAAUAAAAGUUUGAUUUGUAA